UAUGGUCUUGCUUAUUUCAUUUAUAAUCCCAGAAAUUAUCUCGAAGCCUUGCACGGCUAAUCGAGCAAAAUACGAGGGCUUAGAUAGUUUGCCCGAUUCCAUUCUUUGUCACAUCUUGUCGUUCUUGCCCAGUAGAGAUGCUGCUCGUACCUCAGUUCUUUCACCAAAGUGGAGGUAUUUCUUUACUUCAUCGUUGACUACACUCGAUUUCGAUGAUUGCUUAGAUGGGAUGUGUUUGACUAAAAAUUCUAUGAAGAACUUUAAGGUGUUUGUUGAUAAGUUCUUUUUUAACCCUAAUCAUCUACGAUUAGAGUGCUUUAGGGUGAAUGACCUUUGGCUUUAUGCUGCAUUAUGGCGUGGUGUUAAGGAAGUUGAGGUAGACUUAGCUAAUGGAGCCUGUUUGAUAUUGCUUCAUCUUUUGUUUACUUGCACUUCACUGUUGAAAUUGGAAUUGUAUAUCCACAGUUGGAAAAUGAAGGUUCCAAAUAAGUUGAAUUUACCUAAACUCAGAACUCUAUAUCUUUCGGACAUGUCAUUUGAAGAAGGUUUAUCAAUUCGUAGGUUAAUCUCCACUUGCCCUGUGCUAGAAGAUUUUGAUCUUUGCCAUUGUUACAUUUAUGGCACAAGUGAUCUAAAUAUCCGUGGUCGUUCACUUACAAGUUUGGUUUUAGACUCCGUAAUGCACUCCUCACAUGAAGGUCAUAGACAUUUCGAUUACGUGAUCCAAGUUGAUGCUCCAAAUCUUGUCCGUUUCAAAUAUUCGGACUGUGUUGGCAAAGGAUAUGCUUUUAGAAACACAGAGUCUUUGGAAAAAGCUUGUAUUACAAUCACGCACUUUGAUGAUGUGAAUCGUAAUGAAUUCGUAACACUUUGUGGAAUUUGCAAUGUACAUACUCUACUUUUAACCAUUCAUGAUAAUAGUGUACUGCUUUCCCCAAAGCCUGACAAAUCGGUGCUUGCAUUUCGCAACCUUGUUGAAUUGGAAUUUAGGAAUCCCGGUAGUGAUUGGAAAGGAACAUGGAUCGUUGAGUUUCUGCGUUUUGUCCCUAAUAUGAAGAAACUUAUCUUGGAUUUGGUUGAUGGAUAUAGAGGAAUGAAGUCGCUCCCUCAAGAAGCGCCUCCUUGUUUGCUGUAUCAGAUCAAGCAGAUUAGUAUUUUAUCUUUCGAGGAACAUAAACAAAUGUAUGAAGUGGUUAGUUAUUUCUUGAAGCUUGCAUUAGUUCUAGAGAAACUCGAGUUCGGGGGUGCACGUCAACAGAGUAUUAUAGAAAAACUAUUGAGUUUACCCAAGAGUUCAAAGGAAUGUGAAGUCGUGAUUCUUUGUAGUUCAGGGACACAUUAGUGGGUCAGUACAACAAUCUACAUAUUGUUGUAUUUCAGUAUAACAAAAAGAACAUGUUAGCUCCAUUCAAGUCAACAAUGUCUCCACCGCUCCCCAUCAAGUCAACAAGGUUCCACCGCUCCCCAUCACACUAUGGAUAGAUGGCAGGGAGGUCAAGUCCCAUGGAAAGGAUACUUACUAGGUUAGCUCCAUUUUAUAUUUUUUUCUUCUUCUAACAAUGUCUCAUCCAAAGAUUAGAGGCCCAUUCUGAUGAUGUUUGGACUACAUUCUGUAUAUUAGC